AUGGGAUUUCUAAAACUAUACAUCGGCUUAAUAUUGGCCACAGUCACAGUUUUUUGCAUCACUGGUUCAGAAAUUAACUAUCGUUUACCAAAAAACGCAAUACCAGUUAGUUAUAACAUUAGUCUGAUUCCGCAUGUCGGCAACCAUGCUUUUCACGCCUUUCACGGUGAUACCAGUGUCAUCAUUGAUAUUGUUUACACAUUGUCAAAAAUAAGAUUACACUCGCAAGAAUUAAAAAUAAAUGAAACGGCGACAACGUUGAUUAACAGCCAUGGUAUAAUCUAUAGACCGAUAAAACAUAUUAAUGACAGUAAUAAUAUAUUGACGCUUGAUUUUGACAAUAUAUUGCCGCUCGGUCUUUACACCCUGAACAUGAAAUUUGAUGGUUAUUUUUCUGAGGGUAAUUAUCACAAAAGUGGCUUUAUGCAAAUUCCGUACACAGACAUGGAAGGAGACCGCACGUUGGCCGCAACGCUCUUCCAGCCAAAUAACGCCAGACGAAUGUUUCCAUGUUGGGACGAGCCAGCGUUCAAAGCUACCUUCAACAUCUCCGUCAUACAUCAUAAGAAAUACAGAAUAUUGUCUAAUUGGCCGAUACGAAAGCAACACGAAGAACAAAAUGACAUGGUGUGGACAUCUUUCGACACCACUCCUGUAAUGUCCACUUAUCUCGUGGGAAUCGUGAUUUUAUAUAAUUUCAUUCGCGUUGAAAACACAGACAAGACCGUGAACGUGUGGUGCCAAUCGUUUUUGUCAUCGCAAACAAAAUUCGCGCAUACUGUUGCCGAAAAGGUCAUGCCGUUUUUGCUCGAAUAUAACCAGGACUUCAAAAAAAUACCAAAAAUCGAUUACGUCGUUAUACCAAAUUAUCCUGUCAGCGGCAUGGAAGCUUGGGGACUCAUUAUCUUCGAUGAAUCAAAAAUUGUCUACGAUGAAAGCACAGAUCCCACAUUUCGGAGAAGGGAAGUAGCGUCGUUAGUAACAAAUAAACUUGUACAUUAUUGGUUUGGCAAUUACGUCACCCCAUCUUGGUGGUCCCACCUGUGGUUGAGCGAAGGAUUUUCUGCGUUCUUCGAAGCGUAUUUUCUCAAUAAGAUAUUUGGAGACUGGCGAACAAUGGAUCUUCUCGUAAUUGAGCGCUUACACCAUUGUCUCUCUUUAGAUAUUGGCUUAAUAAAUUCUGUUACAUUGGAACUUGACAGAACCUUAGAUUAUGACGACCUCUUUUAUAAUGAUGUUUUUAACAAAGCGUCAGCUAUAAUGCGCAUGUUACAUCAUGCAAUGGGAGACGAAAUAUUUCGACAGGGUGUCACCAACUAUUUGGUACAACAUCCAUUUGGAUCGGUUACUCCCGACGAUUUGUGGAGCGCCAUGCAAAGUGCUCUGCAGAUGGCCCCUUAUGUCCCUUAUAUGCAACAAGAAGAUUUUAAAAUAAAAGAGGUGAUGGACACGUGGAUAAACCAAAAUCGUUACCCUGUGCUGAAUGUAACGAUAAAUUACGAAACAGGCGAAGUGGCAGUAACACAAAAAUGUUUCCGCGCAACUGAAUGUACCAAUAAUAAAUGGUGGAUACCCAUGACCUACGCCGACCAGAGCAAUUUGGAUUUUUCCAAUACUAUGCCCAAUAAUUGGUUAGGACCAGAUCAAACUAGUAGAGUGGAAAUUAAUACAAGAGAUUGGAUUAUUGUUAAUGUACAACAAACUGCAUACUGUCGUGUCUAUUACGAUACUACAAAUAUGGAAAGAAUCAUACGUUACUUGAACUCUGAGGAAUACAAGAACAUACACGUUCUCAAUCGUGCUCAAAUGAUCGAUGAUGCAUUUGCUUUUUUAAUGGAGGAUCAACUAGAUAACUCCGUAUUUAAAAAUCUUAUAAAUUACCUAAGACGAGAGAGAGAUUAUGUGGCAUGGCGUCCAAUGUUCCGAAUUUUAGAACGGUUGUCGAAAUACUUUUCACUGCUAGAGAGUAAACAUUUCAAGUCAUACGUGUCAGGAAUUUUCGAUGGGCUUCUUCAGAAGAUAGGAUAUGAAGAAAAUCCUAAUGAUGACGAUAUCACAAAGAUGCUAAGGCUAGAUGCCACGAAAUGGGCAUGUACCGUCGGUCACGCGGAAUGCAAGAGAAGGGCCGCCGUUAAAUUGACCAAACAUCUCGCGGAUCCUAAUACUCACAAAGUUCCACAUUGGUGGCAAGAUUGGACGUACUGCUUUGGUUUGACGGUAGCCAAUAUAACUGCUUGGAAUAAAGUAUCAUUUGCUGCAAGCCAAACGAUAAAAAGUAUCGUUUCUAAUGUUUAUUCUAACGAACAAAUUUCCAAGGUAAAAAAGUUCGCAGAAACUAAUCUCCAUCAAGACACUUUGUCAGGCAUUACAAAACUGAUAGAAAAACAUAAAAAUCAUCUUAAACAGUCCAUAGACAUUUUCACAAAAUAUUUUGGAAAAUAUUAA